GACUCCAAAACCUCUAAAACCCUGAUCCAUCCCAGCUCACCCAAACUCGAAAACCCUCCUGAUUCAUCCUCCAAACCCCAAAUGCCGCCACCGCUCUUCGCCGCCGCUCGCCACCACCUCCCCGUCCUCCCCCAUCGUCUCCUCCAACCCCGCCGUUUCAUCGACGCCCGCGUUCCCUGGAUCCGCGACCGCGCCCUCGACCACGCGGUCGAGAAGGAGAAGCACCUCCUUCCCUUCCACUCCCUCAAAGACUUUCUUCUCUCCUCGUCGUCGUCGUCGUCGUCGUCGUCCUCGCCCUCACUCCCCCUCGCCACCAUCGCACCCCGCUCCGCCGCCCUUCGCCUCCCCUUCCGCCCAAUCCGCUUCAUCCGCCUUUUCCCCGCCGCCUUCCUCGAAUCCCACCCUCCUCCCCCAUCUCCUCCAUCCCCACUCAUCUCCGCCUCCCCCGCACUCCUCUCUAUCCACUCCGAGGAGCUCCGCGCCCUCUCCUCCUCCCUCCCUGACGCCGCCUCCCGCCUCCUCCGCCUUCUCAUGCUCUGUCCCCGCCGCCGUCUCCCUCCCCUCCUCCACCGCCUCCGCUGGGACCUCGGCCUCCCUCCCGACUUCCCCCGCUCCCUCCUCCCUGACUUCCCCGACUACUUCCUCCUCUCCCCAUCUCUCUCCAACCCCUCCGAUCUUGACCUCGAGCUCGUCCUCUAUAACAAGGACCUCGCCGUCUCCGCCAUGGAGCAGUUCUCUUGCCGAACCGGCGGGUAUAGGAAGGGCACUCCGCUCUCCUUCCCUCUGAACUUUCCCAGCGGGUUUGAGCUGGAGAAGAAGGUGAGGAAGUGGCUUGAUGAGUGGCAGAAGCUGCCUUUCAUCUCUCCCUAUGAAGAUGCUUCGCAUUUGGAUCCUAAGAGUGAUUUGUUUGAUAAGUGGACUGUAGGGAUGGUGCAUGAGGUACUGAGCUUGUUUAUAUCCAAGAAAACCGAGAAGGAGAAUUUGGAGAUGCUUGCGCCACAUCUGGGGCUUCGGCCGGGGUUCAAGAAGGUGAUCACACACCACCCAGGGAUCUUUUAUGUGUCGAAUAAGCUUAGGACUCACACAGUUGUGUUGAGGGAGGCAUAUAGGAGGGAUUUACUAGUUGAGAAGCAUCCUUUGAUGGGGUUCAGAUAUCAGUAUAUUCAUCUAAUGCGCAAGGGGAAGGAAGGUGGUGAUGCUAGUAAGGAUGGAAAGGGUAAAGAGAUUGAUCCACAAUCCAUUGAUGAUGGAGAGAAUUUAGUUGAUGAAAUUAAGGGGGAGGAUGAGGAGGAGGAUUGGGAAGAUGAUAGUCAAGGAGAAGAGGAAGAGGGGUUUGUGGGAAGUGCUGUUAUUGAUACCACGGAUGAGGAAAAGUGAUGAUGAUGAUGAUGAUGAUAGUGUGAGUGAAGCGGCAUCACUUAGUGGUGAGAGUAGUUUUAAUCAUCAAGGAGAAAAUAUUGAACUUGCUAGGAAUGAAAGAAGAAUAAGGCGAGGGGAAUCUAAUGAAGAAAGUAUGAUUGGGAGGGGUCUUCAAUCUAGCAGGAGAAUGGAUUUGCAUAUGGAGAAGAAGGUGGGUAGGGUGUCUAGAGGAAGAGCUAAUUAUUCAAGAGCUUAGCAGAGUGAAAAUGUUUGAUAACAUUGGCCAGUGUAGCAAUGCAUCUUGUGGCUAUUGAAGUAUAUUUUCAGUCGCAAUGAAGCAUAGAAAGCUACAUCAGAGUUAACGAGAUCGGACAAAUUUCUACAGGUGUAUUUCAAUUCGUCUAAGUUCUGGCUGUUAUUAUACUCAUAAGGAAAUACGUAAUGCAGGGAAUCCAGAGUUUUUGUGUACACAAGUUAUAAGCCUCGCCGGGCUGCAAUUUACUGAUGUGGUUUCCUCUUCUGGCAGGAAAUAAUGCCAUUGUGGGAGAUUUUGUAAGUUAAAAUCAUAGGACAUGUUGAUUGAGGAAAGCAUUUCUUCAUAAUCUAAUUACCAUCUCUCAGAGUGUUGCUAUUCUGUUUUAUGAUACAUUGGC